GGAUCUUUGCCGCUUUGCCGCUUGAUGCCGCCGCAGAGAUGGAGGACUUAAAUCUGAAAAACAACAGAGUGUCUUGCAGAGUUUGAGACGAAGAGCCUGAUGGAUUUAUAUUGAAUAUUAGACAAGCAGGAAACGAAAUAUUAGGAAAAUGAAGCUGCUGAAGCCGAGCUGGGUGAGCCACAACGGCAAACCCAUAUUUUCAGUUGACAUCCACCCUGAUGGGACGAAAUUUGCAACCGGUGGGCAAGGCGAGGAUUCUGGUAAGGUGAUGAUCUGGAACAUGGCGCCGGUCCUCAGAGAUGAGGACGAGAAGAACGAGAAUAUUCCCAAGAUGCUUUGCCAGAUGGACAAUCACCUAGCGUGUGUGAACUGUGUGCGCUGGUCCAACAACGGGCUGUACCUGGCAUCAGGAGGAGACGACAAGCUGGUCAUGGUGUGGAAGAGAGCUGCAUUCAUCGGGCCGAGCACAGUGUUCGGGUCGAGCAGUAAGCUGGCCAACGUGGAGCAGUGGAGGUGUGUCACCAUCCUGAGGAACCACACUGGAGAUGUGAUGGACGUGGCGUGGUCUCCUCAUGACGUGUGGUUGGCCUCCUGCAGCGUGGACAACACCAUCGUCAUCUGGAACGCUCGCAAAUUCCCAGAGAUGGUGACUUGUCUGCGAGGACACACUGGGUUGGUCAAAGGUCUGACGUGGGACCCGGUGGGGAAAUACAUCGCCUCUCAGGCCGACGACCACAGCCUCAGAGUGUGGAGGACGGUGGACUGGCAGAUGGAGGCCAACAUCACCAAACCCUUCAGCGAGUGUGGAGGGACGACCCACGUCCUGCGUCUGUCCUGGUCUCCAGACGGUCAGUACCUGGUGUCGGCCCACGCCAUGAACAACUCCGGCCCCACCGCUCAGAUCGUGGAGAGGGACGGCUGGAAGACCAACAUGGACUUUGUGGGCCACCGUAAAGCCGUCACCGUGGUGAAAUUCAACCCAAAGAUCUUCAAGAAGAAGCAGAAGAACGGCAGCGCCCCGAAACCCGGCUGUCCGUACUGCUGCUGCGCCGUCGGCAGCAAAGACCGGUCGCUCUCCGUCUGGCUGACGUCUCUGAAGCGCCCCCUGGUGGUCAUCCACGAUCUGUUUGAUAAAUCCAUAAUGGACAUUUCCUGGACUCUGACAGGUCUGGGGAUGUUGGUGUGUUCGAUGGACGGGACUGUGGCCUACCUGGACUUCUCACUGGACGAACUGGGAGACCCGCUGAACGAGGAGGAGAAGAACAGCAUCCACCAGAACAUCUACGGUAAGAGUCUGGCCAUAACCAGCACCGAGGCUCAGCUCUCCACCACCAUCAUCGAGAACCCGGAGAUGCUCAAAUACCAGCAGGAGCGACAGAGCUCGGCCCAGGCCAACCAGGGGCCGGGCAGCGCCGGGCCCGAAUCCUCGACCCCCAAACUCAACAGCGUGAUGAACGGGGAGUCUCUGGAGGACAUCAGGAAGAACCUUCUGAAGAAGCAGGUGGAGACGAGAACCCCAGACGGCAGAAGACGAAUCACGCCGCUCUGCAUCGCUCAGCUGGACACCGGGGAUUUCUCUCCGGCUCUGUUCAACAGCGCUCCCAUCCUGCCCUCGGGCUCCUCCAUGUCCAACCAGCUCACCUCCCAGCUCAGCUCAGACUCCAGCCCGGGACAGGCCUCCUCUCUGGGGCUGAGGCCCGGACACGACCCCAUGCUCACCUCGCCUCCAGCCAACAGCACCGCCAAGGGCCUGGAGGACAACAAGGACGGUGUGAAGUCCACUCUGCUGCUCACUUCCGCCUCCAAGAUCGAGCCAAUGAAAGCUCUGGACUCCAGGUUCACAGAGAGGUCAAAGGCCACACCGGGGGUCACCGCCGUCAUCUCCUCCAUUGGUGGACUCGUGCCUCUCGACAGCAGGCCAAAGGACGGCAUCUCCGCCCUGAAAGACAUGAAAACCAAAGACGACACCAGCAGCGACAGCGAGGACAAGAUGGCCUCCAUCAACAAGAACCUGUCGUUCAGCAAGAGGAAGCCCGAUCUGCUGAUGGACGGAGGGGACGGGGUGGUGGAGAAGAGGAAGAAGGGACGGCCCAGGAAAGACAAGAUGGCCGCCCCCAUGUCCCAGUCCUUCACUCAGAUAACUCUUCCAGCAGAGAGGGAGCCCAGCAGGGUGGCGGCUCCAUCGGCUCCUGUAGCUGCUCUCAAACUGCCAACGCCAAGUAUAAAGAAGGCCUUCAGUCUGCAGGUGAGCAUGGAGCCGUCGGUGUUCCUGGAGGUGGAGAACGAGGUGUCGCUGGUCGCGGGUUCCAAGCUCAGCCAGCUUCGAUGCUCCAGAGACGGACGGGAAUGGAACACGCUGCUGCCCAGCUCAGUGGUCACGGCAGCAGGGAGCAGCGACGUCCUCGCCGUGGCCUGUCAGGACAGGAUGUUGUCCGUGUUCUCUUCCUGUGGGCGGCGGCUCCUCCCCGCCAUCCAGCUGGCCACGCCCGCCUCGGCUCUGCACUGCUCCGCCCACUUCGUCAUGGCUCUGACGGCUGGAGCGACGCUGUCCGUCUGGGACGUUCAGAAACAAAAGGCUCUGGUGAAGAACGAGUCUCUGCUGACCAUUUUAUCUGGUGCUGACACCACGGUGUCUCAGUCUCUGCUGACCCAGCAGGGAGUCCCCGUCGUCGGCCUGUCCAACGGGAAGUCGUACUGCUUCAGCUCCUCUCUGGAGACGUGGACUCUGAUAGCAGACAAAGGAGACUCCAUGGUCCAGUGUGCUGACUUCAGGAGCUGCCUGCCUACCCACGAUGCACCUGUGUCCUCGGGGCCGCUGGCUGUCAUGCAGGGACGCAACCUCAAUGCCGGUCGGCUGGCGUCCCGCCUCUCCUCCACCCCUCACCACCUCCAGCAGAGCAUGACGCUGGCCUUCCUGGAGAACCAGCUGGCGUCCGCUCUGACGCUGCAGUCGGCUCAGGAGUACCGCUACUGGCUGCUCAUCUACGCCCGCUUCCUCGUCAACGAAGGCUCAGAGCACCGUCUCAGAGAACUGUGCAAGGAGCUGCUGGGUCCCGUCCACAAAUCAGCCACCUCGGCCUGGGAGCCCACCACUCUGGGUCUCCGUAAACGGGAGCUUCUGCGGGAGGUUUUACCCGUCAUCGUUGAAAACCUGCGAUUCCAGAGACUGUUCACUGAAUACCAGGACCAGCUGGAGCUGCUGCGCAACAAAUAACACACAAACACACAUAACGCUAAACACACACUCAGACACACAGACACACACACACAGACCGACACAGACAGACCUGGACUCAUCAUGAAACCGGUCCGGUUCAUCCCGGCUAAACUCUGACUCUGCUCUUCCUCGACUUUGGAACCCUGAAGCGCUGAUCCGACUAAAAAAAACAACACAUGCUGGGUGUUUUUGUGAGGAACUUUCUCAAACAUUCAGUCUUCAGCUUUUCAGCCGUUUCGGACGUUUCAGACGCGGUGCGGUGGGUGCUGCUUCUUCUUCUUCUUCUUCUUCUUCUUUUUUUAUUUUUUUGGUCUAAUCAAGAUCUCAAUAUGAACUUUGGUCUUUUGUCAUUUUUUUUCCCUGCUCAAUUUGUUUGAUGCACCUCUCUCUCUCUCUCUUCUGCACUCCUAAUCAUGGACUUAAAAAAAGACGAACUUAAAGAGAGGUCGUGACAGAAAGGUCAAAGGUCGGAUUCCAGCAUCAGCAGCUUUGUGAAUCCUCCUCACGUCUGUUUCCCUUCUUAGACAGAGAGAGAGAGAUAGAGAGAGCAGAAGUAUAAAUCAGAAUGGACGUAAAGGAGCAAUACGCUUGUACCAAAGUGACGCCUUUAAACUGCAGAGAUAACCGCACGCCUCCGUCGGCGAGGUGGAGGAAGGAGGGGCUAAAGACGAAAGGUUUUUUUGAGGGCGGAAUCUGUUUUCUGAGCAUUUUGUCCGUCUUUAAAAGCGACAACGCUAAUGCCAAAACGAUGAGGCCACGGCGAAAAAGAUAAUCAAGUUCAUCACACCGCUGGAAAGUCAAUUUAUAUUCUGAAAAACACAGGAUGGACGUUUAAGUGAGGCCUUCUUACAGCUGAUUGGUCGGGAAAGGUGUCGGUGCUCAAACAAACAGGAAGUGACCGAAUUUAGACUAAAGAGCAAAACAAAAACAAACGGAACGCGUUGUAAAAAGAAAACAGGAAUCCGUUGUAGAUCCACACCUUCAUCUACAACCACGUCAGACAUCCGUACAAGCUGGUCAACGCUAGACGCCGUUUUAUAACAGUUUGACAUGAUAGAUCGUUGCAGCCUCUAAAAAUCAAAUAGGAUUAAAUCUACAGAAUGAUGUUUGUCUAAACAAGGAUUUCACAUAUUCACGGUGCUGAAAAAAACCUCGUUUUGAUUGUGUUGGAUGAAUGAAUUCACAGGCAGGUCUUUAACUAGCGUCUUUAGCGCUCAGAAAGGCAGAAGAGCAGAAUGAUGUUCUCUUUUAAACACACAGGUUUGAUAAAAACUACAGUUCCGUUCUGAUUCCAGGUUAGGAAAAGUUCUACAGCAUUCAUUCACUCCCAACCUGAGCCCGUCACUUUAAUCAUGUGUGUUCCGGGUUAGUCGUAUACCGGUAUCGGCUGAUACACAAGUUCAGACAUCAGAACAUUUCUAAUAAAAUCCUCAACAAUGACUCCUGUGACCUGCAGAGACUUGAACCCUCUCCUCACUGUAACCUCGUGCCACGUUCGAGUCCAGACGGGUUUAUUGUAAAUAUCAGAAGCUGCUGGAGGAAAAUGUGUUGAUGUCAAGAAAAAAAAAUGUAAAAACAAAAACUCAAGAAACUCACACUUUGCUUUGCAAAACAGGCCUCUGAGGUAAAGUUCUCUCUCACAUGUUCCAGACAUCCGGUGCUUUUUUUACUCCUAUAAUCCAACAAAGAGGUUUGUCAAGUGAAGCUGGGAUUGUAGGAUAGUCUUAAUGAAAUCAUGUGAACGUUUGAUCAGAGGUGUUAUCUAUAUAGAUAUAUCUAUAGAUAUGUUUCUCUCUGUUGCCGGGCAAAAACCACUGCAAAGAAAUCCGUUUUCAGAACACAAGGAGGGUUUUUUGUUUGUGUAGGUUUCAAAAGCCAAGCGGUCAUGAAACCCAAACAUGAAGUUCACCUCAAGGAAAAGUACUCGUGUUAAGCCUUUUGUUGUCCACUGCAGCGCUAUUCUGCCAACUCAGUGUGUGUGUGUGUGUGUGUGUGUGUGUGUGUGUGUGUGUGUGUGUGUGUGUGUGUGUGUGUGUGUGUGUGUGUGUGUGUGUGUGUGUGUGUGUGUGUGUGUGUGUGUGUGUGUGUGAGUGUGUGUGUGUGUGAGUGUGUGAGUGUAUAUAUAAAUGCUUAGGCAGCAGGUUUACUGCUGUAUGUGGCUGCACAGUGAGGAGAGCGAGCAGCGCUGAGAGGAAGAGUUCAUCUUUCUUUACCAAUCUGUACAGCGUUUUUCUUUCUCUUUUUGGUUUCUUUAUGCCGUUAGUCAUUUUUAAAUGUUUGUACAAGGCGACUUUUUUUUUUUUGUUUGUUUCCAUUUUCUAUAAGAAAAAGAAGGAAAAAAAUGGGCAGAGACGAGCUGAACUUUUUCUUUUGAAGAAAUAAAGUGAAAAGAAACAGAUGAA